UAUACACCUAAAUAGUCGGCAAACUCAGGCAUAUUUUCGCCGCAUUUCCAAUUUCUGAAGACCCCCUAGACGUGUUCCUCUAUUUGGAGCCAGGGGUACUGGUCGGUGGGGCUCGUCCACACCCUCUCCUGCCCAGCACCUCCGAAAAAUAUUAGGCCUAAGCUCGAAUCCGCACUCGCACUCGCAAUAGCAAUCGCAAUCGCAAUCGCCAACGCCGUCGCUCUCCGCUGCAUUUUCGGGGCAACUUCCGUUUCCUCACGCACGCACACUUGCCACUUGCCACUUGCAGCGACGCAUCCUUUUUACGCAACGGUAGUAGUGCAGCGGCAAAGCGCCAAAAAUUUUUGGGGGUUGCAACAACGGCGAGAGGCCGAGAACGAGAACGAGGACGAGUUCGAGUUCGAGUGCGUCGAGCAGGCCGACGAUGGACGAAGGACGAAGGACGAGCAAAGCCGAUUCCGAUUUUGAGCUCGAGGAGAGCCAAAACGCAGCGCAGGAGCAAAGGAAUGCGGUGCCGUUAGCCGGCGUUUUUUGGCGCCUACAGCUCGCCGUUUUCAGCCAUUUUCAACGGGCUCGCCUCUGCCUCUGCUUCUGCUUCGGUCGUUAUCGUUGACGUUGUGUUGUCGUUGUCGUUGUCUCUGCCGUCGGUUCUCAGCCAAGCCGCGCUGCCUCCGUCGCAUUUUCCUUUCGCAGCGCCGGCAGAGCAGUUCGCGAACUAUUCGCAACUUCGUCGCGAACUCAGUCGCAGCCUGAGAGCAACAACUACAAAGCAGUAGCAGUAGCAGUUGCUGCUGAUGUUGCUGUUGCUGUUGCUGCCGCUUCUGCUGUUGCCAUUGCUGUUGCUGUUGCUGCAACAUCAACGUUGCCCCUCAACGGCCCUCAGCUUUCCACAGGCACAGGCACACAGGCACACAGGCACAGCACAGCACAGCCACACAUCCACAUCCACUUCGUCGUGGGCCAUCGUCGUCGUCGUGUGUUAAGUUUGUUUUGAGUUUUUCCGUAUCAAAAUGUGCAAAACGAUUUCAGUCUAAUUCAGACGCUCGUGCUGAGAAGACUUUUGGCCCUGUUUGUUGGCCAAUACAGCCAUAGAACACUGAAACCGAAACAGAAACCGAAACAAAAACACAAACGGAACUGAAGGCACCCACUCAAUACUGAACACUGAACACUGGACACGACGACGAGAACCGAAUUGAACUGAAAGAACGAGGCGGGCUAAUUGCCAAAUGGCCACGUAGUGCGCGUAACGUAACGAAUACGUUAAACACCCAUACACACACGCCCAAAGCACACGCACACAUAGACAGGCACGCACACAGAUACUCACAUGUACAUGCCCACUCUCAGUUGAGCGUCGUAAUUGUCGCGGAUUUUUUGAAUUGUCGAAUGCCUUCUUAAACGCUAUGUGAAGAGCGAGUCGCGUAACGAUUAACGAUCGCGUAACGCUUACGAUCGCCGGUGAUCAACGAUCCACGAUCAACGAUCCACGAUCCACGAUCAGCUGUAGACAAAAUGGCGUCGACGCAGGCGGAAACGAGUGUCGGCUUGGCGCCCGAACAGGGACCAGUGGCUCAGAGGCAGCGCAAAGGACCGGGAUCGGGCGGUGGUUCGCCCAAAAGCAACAGGAGCUCGCCCACUCAGCAGGAGGAGAAGCGUGCGAAGGGCGAGGAUCGCACCUCACCCACUGGCGGAGCCAAGGACGAGGACAAGGAGAGUCAAGGUCAUGCUGGAGCCGGAGGGGCAGGUUCUUCGCCCGUGAGUUCGCCACAGGGCAGGAGCUCGUCGGUGGCCUCGCCCAGUUCCACCUCCCAGCAGUUCUGCCUGCGCUGGAACAACUAUCAGACGAACCUGACCACCAUCUUCGACCAGCUGCUCCAGAACGAGUGCUUCGUGGACGUGACCUUGGCCUGCGAUGGUCGCUCCAUGAAGGCGCACAAGAUGGUCCUGUCCGCCUGUUCGCCCUACUUCCAAACGCUUCUGGCCGAGACGCCCUGCCAGCAUCCCAUUGUGAUCAUGAGGGAUGUGAGCUGGUCAGAUCUCAAGGCCAUUGUGGAGUUCAUGUACCGCGGCGAGAUCAACGUGAGCCAGGACCAGAUAGGUCCACUGCUCCGGAUAGCUGAGAUGCUGAAAGUGCGCGGUCUGGCGGAUGUGACCCACAUGGAGGCGGCCACGGCAGCCGCGGCUGCCGCUUCCUCGGAGCGAAUGCCCUCCUCCCCCAAGGAGAGUACGUCCACUUCCAGAACUGAGCAAGAGCGGGAACGGGAGGCCGAGGAACUACUGGCCUUCAUGCAGCCCGAGAAGAAGCUACGCACUUCGGACUGGGAUCCCGCCGAGCUGAGGCUUUCCCCACUGGAGCGCCAGCAGGGCAGGAAUGUGAGAAAGCGCCGCUGGCCCUCGGCGGACACCAUAUUCAAUCCACCCGCACCACCCAGUCCACUGAGCAGCCUGAUAGCCGCCGAACGGAUGGAGCUGGAGCAAAAGGAAAGAGAGAGACAGAGGGACUGUUCGCUGAUGACACCACCACCCAAGCCACCACUGAGCACUGGCUCCGCUGUGGGAGCCUCGAGGCGCUUGGAGACCGCCAUCCACGCCCUGGACAUGCCCUCGCCGGCAGCCACGCCGGGACCCCUCUCCCGAUCCUCGAGACCCCACUCGCAGAGUCCCCAGCAGCAGCAGACACAGCAGCAGAGUCAGCUUCCCUUGCCGCUGCCCCUGCAUCCGCACCACCACGCAUCGCCCGCCCCACAUCCCUCCCAGACCGCCGGAUCAGCCCACCAUCCGCCAUCGCCGGCUGGAGACUCCCGCUUUCCCCUCGGACCCGCUGCCGCCAUGGCCGCUGCCAUGGAACUCAGUGGCCUCGGUCCCGGUCCGCCCGCUGAGCCACGCCUACCUCCUCCACCACCGCACCACCACGGCGGAGGUGGAGUGGGUGGCGGGGGAGUAGGCGGCGCAGGUGCAGGCGGAGUAGGUGCAGGCGGGGGAUCCUCGCUCGCCGAUGACAUGGAGAUCAAGCCAGGGAUCGCGGAAAUGAUCCGAGAGGAAGAAAGGGCCAAAAUGAUGGAGAACUCGCACGCCUGGAUGGGCGCCACCGGAUCCACGCUGGCAGCAGACAGCUACCAGUACCAGCUGCAGUCCAUGUGGCAGAAGUGCUGGAACACCAACCAGAACCUGAUGCAUCACAUGCGCUUCCGGGAGCGAGGCCCGCUGAAGUCCUGGCGACCCGAGACCAUGGCGGAGGCCAUUUUCAGUGUGCUGAAGGAGGGCCUCUCCCUGUCGCAGGCCGCCCGCAAGUACGACAUCCCGUAUCCCACAUUCGUGCUCUAUGCCAACCGGGUGCACAAUAUGCUGGGGCCCUCCAUCGACGGCGGACCGGACUUGCGGCCCAAGGGGCGUGGCAGGCCGCAGAGAAUCCUUCUGGGCAUCUGGCCCGAUGAGCACAUUAAGGGCGUCAUCAAGACGGUGGUCUUUCGCGACACCAAGGACAUCAAGGACGAAAGCCUGGCCGCCCACAUGCCACCCUACGGUCGACAUUCGCCCGCGUUUCCCUUGCAGGACCUCCCUCUCAGCUAUCCCGGAGCAAGUGGCGGCUUGGCAGGGACGCCCAGCUCCAUGGCCUGUCCCAAUGGCAGUGGACCGCAGACCGGAGUUGGCGUAGCCGGAGACCAGCACAUGUCGCAGGAAACGGCCGCCGCGGUGGCCGCCGUGGCGCACAACAUCCGCCAGCAGAUGCAAAUGGCAGCGGUUCCGCCCGGCUUAUUCAAUCUGCCGCCGCAUCCGGGAGUGGGCGGUGGAGUGGGCAGCGUGCCCGGCGCAGGUGGAGGCAGGGCCAGCAUAUCGCCGGCACUGAGCAGUGGCUCCGGGCCCAGGCACGCGCCCUCGCCCUGUGGACCAGCGGGGCUCCUGCCGAAUCUGCCGCCCAGCAUGGCCGCCGCUCUGCACCACCAGCAACAGCAACAGGCUGCGCACCACCACAUGCAGCAGCUGCACCUGCAACAGCAACAGGCACACUUGCACCACCAUCAGCAGCAGCAGCAGCAGCACCAUCAGGGCGGCCAUCAGGUGGGCCACAAGCCCGGUUUCGGUGCCAGCUCCAGUUCCUCAGCCUCCUCCUCAAUGGGCCAGCACCAUCCGCCCAAGGCCAAGAGCAGCCCCUUGCGCAGCGAAACACCUCGGCUGCACUCACCUCUCGGCGAUCUGGGCCUGGACAUGGCCAGCUACAAGCGCGAGUUCUCGCCCAGCCGCCUCUUCGCCGAGGAUCUGGCCGAGCUGGUGGGGGCCAGUGUCUCAUCUUCCUCAUCCUCGGCGGCCGCAGCAUCGGCUCCUCCAGAAAGAUCGGCGGGAGCAGCUUCCGCAGCCGCAGGCGCUGAUGCACCCAGUUCCUCGAGCAGUGGCGGCAUCAAAGUGGAGCCCAUCACCACCACUAGCGAGUGAAGAGGGGAGGUGAAAUGAAGGAAAUGAUAAGUGAAUGUUAAGAAAUGAUAAUGAGUGAACUCAAAUCAGAAGCUUCGGCAGCUUUACUCGGCUUGUGUGAGCCUACGCCUUGGUUAAUUUAACGAAUUUAGAUUGUUUAUUAUUUUGAAAAUGUUGUAACAAAGUAUACGUGAAAUCUGCAAGCUGCAUUCCGUGAUUUAUUUUAAACACUGUCCAUAGAAUAAAUUGAUUCAAUUUAGCCCGAGGAAACCGCAUUAGGCAUUACAACCAGAUAUUGUACACGAGUUUCUUAUAUUACAUGAUAUCACAUAUAUCACAUUUCAAGUAAGCCCUAUAACUAUGUGUAAAUAAACUAGAGUAAACGAUAUAUACGUUUCAAAGGUUUCCUCCAAUCUUUGUGUUUUGCAAUUGUGUUUAAGCAAUUCCUAAACUUGAUAUUCAAUCGAAUUUACAAAUAAGCUUUAACCAUGUUUAGUUCACCACAUCAAAUUGUACAUUGCAAGCGAGUUAACCAAGGUAUAGGCUAGCAUGUGCCGGUUUUACUCUAGUUUCCUCCACGCGAUCUUCGCCACCUAGUUUCUAUUCCUAGCGUACUUACUGAAUCAAAAUUAAAAGUAUUAUUAUGUUAUAGUCCAUCAGUCUAACUAACUAAAUAGCGACCGAUCUCUUUAGUUGUAAGCUACAGCGGAGGUGGAAGUAGAAAACCCGGAACAUUCCACAAACCAUCCGAAACAGAUAACGAACUUUCAAUUGUGUUUCAACCGAAACAGAAGCAGGAUCCAAACCCCAGCAAUAUUAAUUUAAUAUUAAUGCAAUGUGAAGUGAAGGAAAUCAAAAGAGUUUAGGCGGAUUUAACUUGGUAAUUGUGUGCCCGAAUUUUGUUUAGUCUUUAAUUUACGAGAAGCGAGAAAGAAAAUGUACAAAAUUAUCUAAAAAUGGAAACCGAAGCAUGUGGCUUCAAACGCAAAUGGAAUCAACUAAAUUUAAUGUUUAGGCUUAACUUAAAAACAAGAAAUUCACAAAAAAUGCCUUUCGGAAUUAAAUUCAGCGAUGAACACACCGCAAACAAAAUUUGUAAAAAGCAAACAAACAAAACACGUGAACUUUUUUAACGUAUUUACACAAGCGAAAUUUUUAGACAAAAUUUAGAAGCAACAUUUUUUAUACCGAGCUCUGCUGCAAUCCCGCCAAACUUGAGGCCCCUGAUUUGACAUUAUUGGAAACCCGACGUAAGCCCCAGAAUUAACCCCCCAACUACCCACUAGAUCCCCUUCUAAAGUGCCUUUUCUAGCCUUAAUUUGGACUCUGCUCCACUUCUGACCCGGCCAAGAGCGAGGCCCAGGACUCGCAGCAGGACUCGAGGGUUUAUUUGACAAGUCUGGCGACAUUAUGAUAGGAUUGAGUAUCGAGAGAAACAUACUCGUAAAUGUAUAUCGUUUGGUUUUACCCCUUUAGGCGUACUUUCGGCAGCGUUUGGUUUGGCAAGCACACAAUUGAUUAAUCGGACGAGAGUUAAUUACGAUAAUGAUAAACACUAAACACAACUAUUUUUGCAUACGCAAGAACAUCUACCAUAGCCAUAGCCCGUAUAUAAACACACGAUAUAUAAGUAUCUAUGUAAUCCCGGUCCCCCAAUAGACUUUGAUGUUCCACACGUAUCGAAACUUAACGAAUUACUUUCGGAAUAGGAUGUAAUAUAAACAAUGGCAAGAGUUAGCGGCUAAAAUCUA